AUGAUAAACAAGAGAUGUUACUCCCAAAUUGGUAUGAAAUUCAAAGGAAUUUCAAGGCAAGCUUCUAUUACUUCAAUCAAUAAGAGACGAUCCUCAAAUUGGUUGAAUCUUAAUGAGGCUGUCCCGAAAACAGAAGAAAUGAAUCCAAUCUUACCACUUCUUUCUCCAAUUAGUACAAGAAUCGGUAAAGGAUUAACAGCAGCAGAAAACGAAGAGGAAACUAUUAGUGUAGCUCCUCCAACAAAUUCGACAUUUUAUAAUGGUCUCGUUUAUCAAAUUACACUCGGCGAACAUGGAUAUUUAGAAGUGUACUCCGCUAAAAAAGGAGAAUCUUUUACUCUUUUGCAAGCAAAACGCGCACCUUCAAAUCGUACUGGAUUUUGCUUUACUUUUCUAGAUAAACACCAUCUUUUCCUUUAUGGCGGUUAUGCCGCAAAUUUACAACAGAACGAAAUGUAUAUUCUUGAUAUUGAAGAUAGAGAAUGGAGAAUGUGCAAGAUUAUUGCUCCACCGCAAGCUAUUAGAACAAACACUCAAUGCAUUUCAACAUUAGACGAAAAUUACCACAUGAUUUACGUUUUUGGUGGUUCUGAAGGUCCAAAACUUUUAGGAUCUCUUGAUAUAAUCAUUUUCUGCAAAGACUCGUUUAAGUACAUUAAUCCUAUGUGCAGUAUCAGGUCAUACUGCCUUAAAGAAGGCCCUUGCGGACGUGCUGGACAUACAUUCAUCAAAAUGAACGAUAAAGGUUACCUAUUUGGCGGUGUAGAUACACGUGGAAAAUGCCUUGGAGACCUUUGGGAGUUCAAUUUCAGUAAUGCAUUAAAUCCAACUUGGGCAUUGUUAUCAAAUAUUGGUCCCAACCAAAGAAAAUCGCAUAUUUCCUACCUUUUCGAUAAUGGUGUUUGCAUUGCCGGUGGUGUAAACGAUGAAAACAACUUUAUUGGCGAUGUAUGGAAAUGGGAUUCAAGAUGGAUCAGGCUUUCAGUGUUCGAAACAUCAUUUCCAGUCUUUGGAUCUGAAGAAGGACUCCUUUAUUAUGAUAAAAUACUCAGACCAAUUGAAUAUAUGAACGCCGGAAGACAUUUAGACGCCAAAUUCGCCCAACUCCGUAAGAUUCAAUCACUUCAUAAGGCAGCCUCUAUUGUUGAAAAGGAAGCAGAGUCAUCCACCGUUUUCAUCAACACAAAUCUUUUGAUAUAUCUCAGAGAACUCAACAAAUCAGAGGUAAAUGCCGAAACAACAGAUGCCCUUAACAAGAUCUUCAACGAAACUCGUGCUCGCGAAAUCGAAAACGAAGUUUUGAAUUUGAGAAUCGAAGUUUUAGGUCUUUCCAAGAAAAUUCUUGAAGCCCAUCAGAUUUCGCCAAGUUUAUCCCCUGUUUCUAAGCUUGACGAAUUCUCCAAAACGAUCGAUCAGAAAAUUGAAAGAUUAUCUCAAAGAACACAACGACCACAUGAAGCUGUACAGAUUUCUAAGACAAUAGAAACCAUGCCUCCACCACAAACAGACCCUAUUUCCGUAGAUACAUGGUCGAUCGAUGCAAUUUCAGCAGUUUUUGACAAAGCAGUCAACAAAGAUUCAGUUCUUUCAAGUAUUGUCGCUUUGCAGAGACUCGAAUACGAGAGAUUAUCGAACCAAAUGAUGUCAAUGAUGUCAAACAUUCAUCAGAACGAAAGCGCGAACUCUGCUCGUAUUGCAACUCUCUCGAAGAUCAACAACAAGAUACAGCAGCUCAGAGAACACAUAGACAGAUCAAAGAGAGAAUGCAAUAGAGUCGAAAAAGCCGUGAAAAGAAUGACAGAUUGGGGAAAUGAUGCAGAUUUGUUCACCCAGAACAAAUCUGACAUCGAACAAACUCUCGAAGAGAGAAACAAAAGGAGAAUCGAACAAUUUACCGUUGAAAUUGCUUCAAUCAUGGGUAAUGAAACGAAGGGUCUGACAAAGAUUAUGAAAUUACUCGAAGGACCGAUUAAUUCGACAACUGCUGGUCAGAUAAAUGAUCUGGCCAACCAACUUGAACUUGUAUGUUAA